AUGUCAGAUUUGAUUGAUUAUGUCCAGGGCUCGUCUGAUUACAACAGUACGGAUGGCGUAGAUAUGGUCACAGAAAUUAUGUAUGAUAUGAAAAAGUACAACAUUGUCAACGAUGUGCUACCUCCACCGAACCAUGAGGAUCUUCAUGUCAUGAUAAUGGCCGUCUCCUAUCUGCUCCUUUUCUUGUUAGGUACCUGCGGAAACGUGGCAGUACUAACAACAAUCUACCAUGUCAUCCGUUCGUCUCGUGCUACACUGGAUAACACUCUGAUCUAUGUCAUAGUCUUGUCAUGUGUGGAUUUUGGAGUAUGCUUAUCACUUCCGAUUACUGUAAUCGAUCAGAUUCUCGGCUUCUGGAUGUUUGGAAAGAUCCCAUGCAAACUUCAUGCCGUUUUUGAGAAUUUCGGAAAAAUCCUGAGCGCUCUAAUUCUGACGGCGAUGAGUUUCGAUCGAUACGCCGGGGUGUGUCAUCCGCAGCAGAAAUUUUUGAGGUCCCGAAAUUUCGCAAUCACUAUUUUGUUGGCACCUGGAACCUUGACCCGAAUGAAAAUCGAAAAAUGCACGGUGGAUAUCGACUCUUCUAUGUUUACGGCGUUUACGAUUUAUCAAAGCUCUCAAAUUCCAUUUUUGCACAUUUCCCUGUACACUUUGGCCGUCGCCUGCUUCUAUUUCCUCUGCUGGACACCGUUCUGGAUGGCAACACUUUUCGCAGUUUAUCUAGAAAAUUCAGCAAAUUCGGCGAGUGUACCGCCCGUUUUUGUGUAUAUCAUGUACUUUAUACACGCAUUACCAUUCACCAAUUCAGCUGUCAAUUGGAUUCUUUAUGGCGCGCUCAACGGACAACUGCAACACAGAUACCGUUCCAAUCGUAAUUCCAGUUCAAUGAGGAAAACGACAACGACGACAGCAUCGACAGCACUUCUGGACAGGAAACUGGUUUCAUUACAGACAAAUUCGAAUUCUAAUUAUCAGGUAAACGGCUCGAUGAACUCCCUAACAGCCAUCCAAGCUCCGCCCACCAGCCUAGCUAACGGAUAUACGCAUCCUGAGAUGGCUACAGUAGCCACGUCGACAAAUGAAGAUGAAUUGGAAAUGGAUGUGGUAGAUGUACGACUUCUGAGUAGCCAUAACCCCACAUUUCUUUGA